CUAUAAGAAAAUUAAUGGAACAAUAUUUAUGAGAAACACCUUAGCCCUCUAUAUAGAUAUACAGUUGUUUGUAAUCAAAGAAUUAUGGGUGAUGAGAUAUUAUCCGGUGCAAAUGUGAACGAGGGAGUGGAUGCUCAUGAUUCCAAUCACUCUUCAAGAUGCUGCUCUCUCACUGUCUCAUUUAUACAAAAGUUAAUAGCGGAGACGCUGGGGACAUUCUUCUUGAUAUUCGCCGGUUGCGGCGCCGUGGCGGUGAACGCCGACAAGGAGAAGGUGAUAACGCUGCCCGGAAUAGCCAUAGUGUGGGGCCUGGUGGUGAUGGUCAUGGUUUACUCCGUCGGCCACAUCUCCGGCGCCCACUUCAACCCCGCCGUCACCAUCGCCUUCGCCUCCAUCAACAGGUUCUCUUGGAAACAGGUACCUGCGUAUGUGGCGGCUCAAGUAGUUGGGUCAACGGUGGCAGCCGGAACCCUGCGAUUAUUGUUCAGCGGCUCCCACGAUCACUUCGUCGGAACCCUUCCCGCCGGUACCGACCUGCAGUCGUUGGCCUUGGAAUUUAUCAUCACGUUCUACCUCAUGUUUGUAAUUUCCGGCGUCGCCACCGAUAAUAGAGCUAUUGGAGAACUUGCUGGGAUGGCCAUUGGAGCUACCGUAUCGAUAAAUGUCUUGUUUGCUGGGCCGAUCUCCGGAGCUUCGUUGAAUCCAGCAAGGAGUUUGGGGCCAGCUAUAGUAUCAAAGAACUACAGAGGCUUAUGGAUCUACCUAUUGGGCCCAACCGCUGGGGCGAUUGCUGGUGCAUGGGCCUACAACCUCAUUAGAUUUACUAACAAACCUCUUCGUGAAAUCACUAAGACUGUCUCUUUUUUGAGGAGUGAGGCCCAUAUUCGUGCCCCCUAAGCCCAACUCCCUCCAUUUUUUUCUACAUUUUUUAAUUUAAACUACAGCUUAUUAUUUCAUGCCAACUUGAGCUGCAUUUGGAUUGAAAUUUGAUUAUAUAAAAU